GUUGAUCUACAAGUUGACGCCUACAAUCGCCCUUCAGGAAUGACAUCACUCUUUCAACCCCAACGCCCAAACCUCAAUUUUCCCCCAUUUUCGGAUUUUCCUCUUGCCCGUGGCACUGCUCUACCAUUCUUCAAAACCUCUGCGGGAAUUUCCAUAAUCUCAAUCAGAAGUGCACGCAGAACCCACAAGUCAUGAGCCGCUACGACAGUCGCUCCGCAGACCCCGGUUCCUACCGCGACCGCCGAACUGAUUCGGGUUUUGGUGGGGGCUCGAGUUAUCGUUCGUCUUCAUCAUCCUCGAUUAAAAGAGAUCACGAGGGCCCUUCGGAGGCGCCACAGCGGAAAUUGGAUAUGGAUGGGUUGACUCCAUCAUUUGAGAAGAACUUUUAUGUGGAGUCGCCGUCAGUUGCAACAAUGUCCGAGAGUGAGGUGGAGGAGUAUAGGCUGCGUCGAGAGAUUACUGUCGAAGGAAAGGAUGUGCCCAAGCCAGUGAAGGCUUUUCAGGAUGUUGGGUUUCCAGAUUAUGUUAUGCAAGAAGUUGUAAAAGCUGGUUUUACUGAACCUACACCUAUUCAAGCUCAAGGUUGGCCCAUGGCUAUGAAAGGCCGUGAUCUUAUCGGUAUUGCAGAAACGGGGUCAGGAAAGACACUUGCCUAUCUCUUACCUGCAAUUGUCCAUGUUAAUGCUCAACCAUUUUUAGCUCCGGGAGAUGGUCCCAUAGUUUUAGUUUUAGCCCCCACUCGUGAACUUGCUGUUCAGAUUCAGCAAGAAGCUACUAAAUUUGGUGCAUCGUCAAGGAUUAAGAAUACGUGCAUAUACGGCGGGGUCCCAAAAGGACCCCAAGUUCGUGAUCUCCAGAAAGGUGUCGAAGUUGUCAUUGCGACACCUGGGAGGCUAAUUGAUAUGUUGGAGUCUCAUCAUACAAACCUGCGAAGGGUUACAUAUCUUGUGUUGGAUGAGGCGGAUCGGAUGCUAGAUAUGGGCUUUGAACCUCAGAUUCGAAAAAUUAUUAAUCAGAUUCGACCAGAUCGUCAAACGUUAUAUUGGAGUGCUACAUGGCCCAAGGAGGUUGAACAACUUGCCCGACAGUUCCUUUUUAAUCCAUAUAAAGUGAUUAUUGGUUCUGCAGAUUUAAAGGCCAAUCACGCAAUUCGCCAGCAUGUUGAAAUUGUUUCCGAGAACCAAAAAUAUAAUAAAUUAGUGAAGUUGUUGGAGGACAUUAUGGAUGGUAGCCGGAUUUUGAUAUUCAUGGACACCAAAAAGGGCUGUGAUCAAGUAACUAGGCAGCUUCGUAUGGAUGGUUGGCCUGCACUAUCUAUUCAUGGAGACAAAAGUCAAGCAGAAAGGGAUUGGGUCCUCUCAGAAUUUAAAGCUGGCAAGAGUCCCAUAAUGACAGCUACUGAUGUUGCAGCUCGGGGUCUAGAUGUGAAGGAUGUGAAAUAUGUCAUCAACUAUGAUUUCCCUGGAUCUCUCGAGGAUUAUGUUCAUCGUAUCGGUCGAACAGGAAGGGCUGGUGCCAAAGGAACGGCAUACACCUUUUUCACGGUUGCAAAUGCCCGAUUUGCAAAGGAACUCAUUAGCAUCCUCGAGGAGGCUGGACAGAAGGUUAGUCCGGAGCUUGCAGCCAUGGGACGUGGUGCACCUCCAUCCUCAGGUCACGGAAGUUUCCGAGAUCGUGGGAGAGGUUUCGGCAGUGGACGUUCUUGGAACUGAUGAAGUGCUUGAUACGAAUACGAUGGGAGAAAAAUUGGAAAGCUUCAACAAACGUAAGCUUGGAGAUUUGAUCCUGCCCAAAAUAGUAUUGUAAUUUUACUAGUCUUCUAUGUGUAAUAUUUGAAUAGAAAGUAGAUUUAAGUUCAAAUUAAUGUUUAUUAAUUUCCUAGACGUUCAUGUAACACUAAUUGUGCCUUGCUCGAAGUAUAAGACUCAUUCUUUGUCGAGUGAGCUUACUUAAUCCUAUUUAAAUUUGUAGUAGAUUUUGAUAAAAAUUGAUGAAAUAUUUGGUUGAGAA